AUCAGUCCCAACAAGCAGAUCUUACUCUCGACUCUGAAAUCCUGUAUCUCGUAUCAGAGUGACAAUCAUGUCAGAAUUACCCGUUCAAAGAAUUGAUCUCGAACCCCCGCCCCUCCAUGAGCUCUCCAAUUCUAUCAAAAACGAGUUAGCACAGAACUUCGAAUCAGCAUCAGUCUCAGUCGAACAAUGUCCAGAUCUUCGGCAAGCACCCUACAACCUAGCCUUCGCUGGUCUAUGUGGAUCUCCUCGCAUCGCCGACGUAGGCGGGCAGCCCAACCUAGCACCUACCCCUGACUUCACCAAGAAAUACGAUCUGCUCAACAUCACGAAGCUCAUGGAGAUGCCAGAGGAGCAAGGCGCUCUGCUAGGUGCUGCGGCAGGGCCAUUCCACGUUGUCGGGAUGAACUCAGAGUUGAUGCCGAAUCUACGGUGGGAGGGCGGGGAGGUCGUCAAUGAAACGCACUUUGCAAAAGUUAAGGAUGAUGGCAGUGCGCUGUGUGAGAAAUUGCCUUCUCACUUCUGCGCGCUGAUGGCGAACCUCUUCGGUAGUGCAGGAUUGCCGGGAGAUGCCCUGCACAUCACAGCGUCCUCACGAACCAGUACCCUUAACUUCACCGAAGCGAUCCGCACGGCAUUACAAGAUGCGUACGGCACGCGAACGAUAUCCCUUGGAGGCGUGUUUCUCAUCUCGAAAGGCAAAGCGAAGUUGCAUAUUAUGCCCGACUUCUCCACUACUCCUCUGGUCACAGAUGAGCAGAAGCAGGAAUGGUUGCGGUUUUAUGAGAUGGAAGCGCCGUUGGUGUGUUUGAGCGUGCUGCAUUCGCAUGACCCGGGGUUGGAUCUGAGGAUCGAGCAUACACACUGUUUCUCGGAUCAUGGUGAGGGAGGGCAUUAUCAUUACGAUACUACGCCAGAGGAGGUGCAGUAUGAGGGGUGGUUCAACGUUGCAGAGGUUUUGUACCGUAUCGACAGACCAUGA